UCAAAAUUAUUGCUUCAUUGAAUUGAAAACUUUUGUUUUAUAUUAAAUAAAAUACUUGUUGUUUAUCUUAAUUUUUGACUGUACAACAACUUUUUAUUCUCUAAAUAACAUUCAAUUAGAUUACUUUUACCAUAAUUUGCUCAAUGACAUACAAAUAGUGACUAUCAUGGUGCUAUGAAGUUUACACCAUAACCAAAUGUGUUCUAUAAAUUGCUAUGAGUUAAAACCUAUUGUUUAACUAAUAAUGCAAAAGAACUGUCACAGUAAAUAACGUUCAAUUUUAUAACUUAUUUCAUCCAUUCUGCAACAUAGAGUACAAAUAAAAAAAUGGAGGUAGUACAAAAUCAAGGAACGAAAGUGAAUAAUGGCACAGAAACAAGACAGGAUGCAUUGAACAACGAAGUCUCCUCGACAUCAAGCGACGAGCAUUCCCAUCGAGGUGUUGUGAGGAAAUAUAAAAACCUUCACAAGUCCCAUUACGCGGAAACCGCUGUGUCGGACAACGAGAUCUCCGGGCCCCAAAAUAGGUUAGUACAGUCCAGGAGUCACUAUAAAAGCAUGGGGAACAUCAACGAUAACUACAGAACGAGAGAUUACAACAAAAACAUAAACAAGGUACAAAAUAGUAUAAGCACCAUUGACCUCAGUCUACAUAGGGAAGAAAUUAAGAAAUUCGAAUCCUUACAAAUACCAAUAGUGGGUUACGAAGUGAUGGAGGAAAGAGCCAAGUUUACAAUAUAUAAACUCAAAGUGGAAGAUGAUAAAAGGGACCAGUCCUGGCUCGUAUUUCGUAGAUACACGGACUUUGUUAGACUUUACUCUAGGAUAAAAAACGAAUUGCCCACCAUCAUACUUCCUUUGCCUGGGAAGAGGUGGUUUAGGGAUAAUUUUGAUACGGCCUUCUUAGAAGAAAGAGUACAAGGUUUACAGGUAUUCGUGAAUGCUAUAUUAAAUAAACUGCCAAACCAUCCGACCGUUAGGGAAUUCUUUUGCUUAGACGAGCCGCCGCAGGUGUUCAGUUACCAGCCAGAGGUGCAAGCCGUGUACGGGGCCCUAGAGGACUCGAUAACGACGUUAAAAAUUAAAUUGAAACAAAAAGAUGCGACGAUUGUUCAUUUGCAAAAUUACAUAGCUCAGUUAGAGUUACAGGCGAAGAACUGUCCAAAUUGUAGUACAAACUCUAAUUCAAAUCGUGUAUAAGUAAUUUGUGAUAACAAAUUGUAAAUUUCUUUUUGUAUAUAUAGGGAAUUACACAUUCUGAUAAGAGGGUAGGUUACACAGGAAUAACACCUGAGUACUCAGAAAUGGCAACGCAUAUGGGUUAUCAUGGGUGCAACAGUAUAGUCUGUUAUGUGCAUGGUACUGCUCAUGUGUAUAGGCGACGGUUACCACUUUCCAUCAAGUGGACGGUCAGCUUGUUUGCCAUUCUAAGUUGCAUAGAAAAGGGCUUUCUCGCAACGUCCCGAUCUCGUAUUAAAUUUUAUUUAUUUAGUUAUUUAAUCUUUAUUGUAUUGUACACAUUGAUAAUUUGAUGGAAAGUAAAUGUACAAAGGUGAGCCUAACUUUCACCACAAAACUAGACAUGGCCUGUUAUAUUAACGCUAAAUAUCCAAAGAUUUGUUAUUAUUGAAAUAGUAUCAUAAUAUGAUAAUGAAAAACUUCAAAUUAUGAUACGAGAUCUGGUCAUUGCGAGAUCGAAUCUUUGACAAGGAACACAUAAAUGAGUUUAAAAGCAAAUAUUUUUAUUCAUAACUUAUUUGUAAAUAAGGAAUCCGCAAAAUGAGUCUCAGAUUAGUAAUUGACAAGUACCUGAAAGUUGAAAGCUGUAGCUACAAUUUUUAGGUUAUCGUUUAUAAUAGUCUCGUCUUUGGUCGGUAUUAAAAAAAAAAUUCUACAGAAUUUUAAAUACAGAAUGACAUUCUCUCUCUACAAUUAAUUCAAGAUGGAUUUCUUUAUAGACAUAUAUAUAUAUAUAU